AUGGAUCCCCACCCCACCCCCUUCCGAGCGAAGCGGCGGCCGGUCGCCGCGCCGGCGAAGAGCGCGGCGCCGCCGAAGCCCAAGACCGUCGCCACCGCGCGCGGGAAGACCGUGGCCAAGAAGUCUUCGCCUGCCGGCGUCUCCGCGGCGGCCGCUCCCCAGCCACGGACACGGCGCGUUUUCGGCACCGUCCGGAGCAGCAACUCGUUGGCCGAGAAGCCGGCGCCUGCCAAGGUGUCGCCGCCCCCUCCGCAGAAGCCUGUGAAGGCGUCGCCACCGCCGCUGGCGAAGCCUGCAAAGGCGUCGCCGCCGCCUGCCCAGAAGCCUACAAAGGUGUCGCCGCCGCCUGCCCAGAAGCCUGCAAAGGUGUCGCCGCCGCCCGGGCAGAAGCCUUCGAAGCUGUCGCCCCCGAAUCCGGCCAGGGCGGCGAGGCCGUCUCGUCCCGCAGCAAAGCCCCUGAAGAAAACUCUCCCAGGCCCCGAUCUGGACGCGAAGCCCAAGAAAAAGAGCCACAAGGUGAGCUUCCAGGAUGACCCGGCGCCGGCGGCCGCCCCGGCACCUGGAAGCGGGAACAAGGUCAACAAAGCUUCCACCGAAGACGCCGCUGCUGCUGGGCACACCCCGAUGGUGCGGGUGAAGGCCCUGGAGAAGGGGCCGGCCAAGGUUGCGGUCCCAGAGACGCCCUUCUUUAGCGCUCAGAACUGCAGCAGCUGCACGCUCCAUCCGCUCGAGUCUGCCGAUUACUGGCUGGCGCAUAUCCGUCUCGCCGAGUCUGCUGGCAAGCACGGUGUCUCUGCGGCGUUCUUUCGCCUUGCAUUUGAAUGCCAAGCUCAGCCAUUACACAGGAUCCAAGGUGAGCUUAGGAACUACGUGGUCCGCCAUGAGAGUGCUAUCACUCUGACCCCUCUAUUCGAGGAGCUUAGCAUUGCCCAUGGCAUGGCCGUCAACCAGCCAAAGUUUGACAUUGAUGCGUCUGAAAAGUUGGGCACAGAGACAGUUGACAACAAGCUUGAUGCUCUCACGCUUGUGCAUGAAUGCUUGGAUUGUGAUUGUGCUGGUGAAGUUGAUAUGAUAGAAGUAAAUGUUGUCAAACAAGGAGAGGAACAAAUGGAUCAACCGAGCUUUGAAAGGAAGCUGGAUGAAAGUUUUGAAUUUGAUGAUUGUGAAGCUGUCAUCGUAGACCGGCUAGUGAAAGAGCAUCCUGAUCUCGAAAAGGAUGUUGGUGUGGAAGUUCCUUGUGAGGAUGAAAUCAUCCAGUCAGCCUGCCGCUCCUCCAUCAAUAAGUUGAGCUCGAACGAAUCCCCAGCAGCAUGUGGAUCGCCUGAAAGACGGCUCUUGUCAGAGAACCAUUUAGAUAAACUGUCUCCCUCUGCAAGGAACUUAUCUGCAAAGCGCUUAUCAUCCGGUAGCCCUUUUGACAAGAAAUCUCCGUUUGGCAGUGCCACACUGAAGAGACUCACGUCCAGUUGUCCUUCUUACAAGAAGUCCUCCACAAGAGGGCAGCCAUCAAAGCGGAUGUCAUCGGGUGGCCGCUCUGACGGGGAGCAUAAUGCUACAGCUGGAGCUGGUGAUUCGAGCAAAGUGAUUCAAGAAGGGGAAUCUGACUGCUAUGCUUUAGUUGAUCCGCUGGAAUUGAAAGAACAUGGGGAGCAUGCUGCAGUUGGUGAGAUCUAUUAGGUGUGGAGCUCGGAGGAACCACAACCCCAAUGAGCUGCAAAUAUAAAGUUAAAUGAUUGUUAGUUUCAUCUGGUGUGUAUGCUGUGGGUUACCUAGUUUGGAGCUCCGACUUACUUAGUUUGCUCUGCUUUCUUAUGGGUAAUGAUCAUCGUACUGUGAUGAUCUUUGUGGGCUUUUCAAGCUUAGUGUUUACUGCGUGUGCUUGCUUAGCAUAAUGGUUCGAGUGGUGUGGUCUUGUUG